AUGACCACUGUCUUACCGGACGGAUCCGACUUCUCGCAAGCCCUUGCAACAUGGAGAGAUAUCAACCUCUCCACUUUACAGAAAAGCUUGGAUACAUCCGGUUUGGAAAUCGUAGAAAACCAGAAGGAUAGCUUGAUGGGCAGAAAAAAAUUGGCCGAACAAACCAGAGGCAAUUUUCCAACAGACUUUAAAAAAAUGCCCGAUCAGGAAAAAGUUGGAGGCUUCAAAGGCUUACUAAAAGCCUAUCAAGCCGAAAUAGACGCAUUAACCAAAAGAUCUAAGACCUCUGAAUCGGCGUUUCUGAAUAUCUACAAACUAUUAGCCGAGGCUCCCGAUCCAUAUCCACUCUUGGAGGCGGCCGUCGAUCAAACCGUUCGUGCAUCCGAAGCAAAACUACUAGAAUCUGAACUUACACGCGCAAACGAUCAAAUCAAAUCAUUAAAAUCACAAUUGAAAGAAGCUGAGAAGGUUGAAAAAGAAUCUCAAAAACAGACUGAAAAGUUGGAAAAGUUGGAGAGUAAAUUAGAAGAGAUGGUCAAACUUCAAGUCUCGAAUAAGGAGGCCGAAUUGGAUGCGGUUUAUGGAGAACGGAUUAUGAAUUUUCAACAGCGUGAAAAAGAUUUGACAAAACAACUCGACUUGACGAAGAAACAGCUUGCUGACCUCAGGACAAGUAACGAGUCAAAUCAGGCUAAGAUGUUGGAUGAUUCAUCGAGAAGAGAAUUCGAGACUGUCUCUCGCCGAGCGGAGAUCGAACUGGUUGAAGUUGACUUGGAAAGGUCUCAGAGACGAAUCGAAGAAGUAGAGAGAAGGAACGAAAAACUGAGGGCGGAAAUUGAGGCUGUCAGGAGUGGAAGCGAGGCUCAGGAACGAAUUCAAACUCUCGAGUCUCAGAUCACAGAACUUCAAAAUGAAACCACCAGACUGCUAUCGACGCUCGAGACUCAAAAAAACACGAUCGGUGAAUACCAAGAACAGCGUUCCAAGAUUGAAACUGAAUACACUCGUCAAAUCAAAAAAUUAGAGCAAGAAAUUUCAACGUUGAAAGAGAAAGUAUCUCAAUUUUCAGAUUACGACGAGAUCAAACGCGAGCUCGAAAUUAUCAAGUAUGUUGAAUUUGCAUCGCUGAAUCCGGAAGAUGAAGAGAACGCGGCCAUCAAGAUGCCGAAUCCGAAUGCCGACAAGGCAAAUAAACAAAAGACCAAAUCUUUGGAAACACUACUGAUGAGUAAGAAUCGAAAGCUUCAAGAUGAUCUGACAACGUUGAGGGUGAUGCAUGACGAUUUGCUGGUCUCGUCGCGGAUGAAUACGAUCGAAAACGAGAAACUGAAGAGCGAGUUAGAGAGGCUGAAGACCUUGAAUGAAAAUCUGGAAAACGAUCUGUCAAGGAUGCAAGCCAGCUCAACUCAGGGGCCAGCUGCAAGCAAUUUAGAAGCGCUCGUUGGGAAAAACUCUACUUCAGAUCGGUUAUCCUCCAACAAAAUGGGCAAUGGGAGCUCUAAAGAAGAUCCCGGGCUUGAGAACUCGCCCAGUGGGAAGCCAUUGCCCAAUUCGAGACAUCAGCCCCAUCGAAUAACAAGUGAUACAUCGAUCUUACCAAUCAUUACUAGUCAACGGGACCGGUUCCGCCAACGAAACUCGGAACUUGAAGAAGAACUUCGGAAGCAAUUCGAAACGAUUUCGAUGACGAGAAACGAAAUGAAGAGCCUUCAAAACGACAACUUGAAGUUAUAUGAGAAAGUUCGAUACUUGCAAUCCUAUCGAGAUAAUCUUGGUAGUACCACUCUGAACGAUCAAUCCUCUAGAUUCAAUCGCUUCAACUCUUCGAUUCCUAGUACCGUUUCCAGGAAAGAUGAGGAAUUGAGUAAAUAUCGUGGGAUCUAUGAGGAGCAUAUGAACCCCUUUGAAAGAUUUAGGGGCCGAGAACGGAUGGGGGCACUUCAGGCGUUAAAUCCACUAGAUAAAUUGGUUUUGCAUACCGCAAACUUUGUCCUCGGGAACCGAUUGACUCGGAAUUUGUUCCUGAUUUACGUCUUAAUGUUACAUGGUUUGCUGUUCUUCACCUAUGGUGAAUCUGCUUGGAGGUCCGAUGAUCUUCAACCGAGUACACUUAGACCACCCAUCCCCCUUAAAGAUUCUUCCUCAUCCUAA